ACACACACACACACUCACACACGCAUAUAGUUGUUCGUACACAUAUAUAAAUGCACACAAACGCAUAAAGACAGAGAGAGACGCACACAUACAUAUACCCGCAUACAAAUACGCACGCGCGCACCUUCAUACAGAGCGAGUGUGUGUGUGUAUGAGAGGGAAGACGCGUAGCAGGUUUCGUGUGUGUCAUUUCGAUUCCAGCACGCACUUGAUUGUGUUGCUGCUACUGUUCUGGACAUUAACCUAGCCGCUCAUACAUACCUACAUUUAUACAUACAUACAAUACACACACACACACACACACACAUAUAUAUAUUUAUAUAUUAUAUACCAAUACCUCUACAUACACCCGAUCUACUAGUCUACCCAUCUCUGUCAAUAUAUACACACACAUACACACAAAGAAGAAUAUAUGGAGAGAGAAGUGCAGUAAUCUAUAUACGUGUAUGUUUACAAACGAAAGGGAAAAGCACUCAAUACAUGGUGUAUAUAAAUAUAUUAUUUUUAAAGAGACAGACCAAGUUGCAAGUGGCUGGCUAUGACGAAGGCAGCGAACGAGGACCGAUAGUAUCGGGGUGGGACUUCGAAGGAAAUAAGGAUAAUAAGAAUAUAUAUAGAGAAAGAAAAAGAGACAGUCUGGUUAGAUAUAUACGGACAGACAUCACACAUCAAGGCUUAUAUUUUUAAUUAAUUAUUUUUUAUUGUUGCAACGAUGGCGUAUCAUUCACAUUUAGACCCAGAUGACUCGUUUGAUUUCUUGUUCAAGAUCGUCCUAAUCGGCGAUGCUGGUGUUGGCAAGACCUGUGUGGUGCAGCGCUUCAAGUCUGGGACAUAUCUGGAGAAACACGGCAGCACAAUCGGAGUUGAUUUUACCAUGAAGACUCUUCAGAUCGAUGGUAAACUAGUCAAGCUUCAGAUUUGGGACACUGCUGGCCAGGAGAGAUUUCGGACAAUCACACAGAGUUAUUACAGAAGUGCCAACGGUGUGAUCAUUGCUUACGAUGUGACAAAACGAUCUUCAUUCGACAAUAUUCCACGGUGGUUGGAAGAUGUAAAGAAAUAUGCAGGAUCAAACAUAGUACAACUAAUUUUAGGAAACAAACAAGAUUUAGAACAUCUACGAGAAGUAAGUGUCGCUGAAGCUAAAGCAUACGCACAACAUUGCUCCAUGUUGGAUGCCAUUGAGACCAGCGCUAAAGAAAAUACCAACAUUGAUGAAGCAUUUCUACGUAUGGCUAAGGAUUUGAAGAAGAGAUUUGGUGGUGAGAACAGCCUGGAAAACGGUCCUGGCGGCAAAAUAAACUUGAACACACGUACAGUUAAAAGCGGAGGAUGCUGUGGCAGUGGAAAUUCUUGAUGUAGAACAGAUCUCUUAUACCUUCUGCAUCAUCAGCAUUAGCAUCAUCAUCAUCAUCGUCAUCAUCGUCAUCAUUAUCGUGAUCGCUACCAGCACCACCACCACUAUCAUCAUCAUCAUUGUUGUUCCUGACAUCAUCACCAAUGUCAUGGUCAAACAUCAACUUUGUCAAUGAUACUAAUGCCAGCAUCAUCAUCAUCAUCGUUUUCAUUACCAGCAUCAAUCAUACUCAUCAUAAUUAUUAUUAUUAUUAUUAUUAUUAUUAUUACACCGGACAAAAUGCUUAGCAACAUUUCACCUGUUGCUACUUUCUGAGUUCAAAUUCCAUUGAGGUCGCUUUUGCCUUCCAUCCUUUCGGGGUUGAUGAAAUAAGUGCGAGUGGAGCACUGGGAGUCAAUUUAAUUGACUAAGCCCCCGCCCUCUCCCUAAAUUUCAGGCGUUGUGCCAAUAGUAGAAACGAUUGUUGUUAUCAUUAUCAAGAAGGUGGCAAGCUGGUGGUGUCAUUAGCAGGCCAGACAACAUAGUUUGUGGUAUUUUUGCCAACUUUGUUCUGAGUUCAAAUUCCACUGAGGUUGACUUUGCCUUUC